UCGGCCCCCGAGUGUAAGGGUGUGGGAGAGCUUUAGCCAGAGCUGUGCCGAUUUCAGAAGCGAGUACCUCUCUCCCUCCCCAAUUUAUAUCAGCAGAAAGAAGCAUGAUAAGAACUACUGACCACAAUACUACAGGUUGUUGCUGAGACGCCAGUGUGGAGACGCAGGGAUCCUGAACACGGAGUUCCUGCUCAGCAGCUACAGGGCACUCAAGGCCUGCUCGUCGGUCUCCUAACAGAGCUUUAGUUUUGACUCCCGGGACAGAAAAGAUAAAACAAGAAUUUGAUCUAAAAUUCCGCAUAAUACCAUGAGUCCGAUAGGAACGGAAAGGAAGCAAGAUCAGGGGAAGUCAUUGUACGGAAGAUAGAGUUGCACGAUAAGAAAAAACACUAAAUGACUGUGAAGCUCUGGUCAUUUGCUGAGUUCUGAGAACGUUGGUGUGAGUGUAGCCAAAGGAAGCAAGCAGACAGACAAAUGCAGGUCUGUUGUUGGCCAUACUGUGGCAAGAGUGGCAGUUGGUGAGACGGUCUGCAGCCCAGGAAGAACUGCAGUUGUGAAACAGGAAUCCCACGCGCCUGGCAUCUAACUAGAAUUGCUUGACAAAGGAUGAUGGAAAAAAUCCUGCAGAAGUUAGAGGCCCUGGAUGAGGAUGCACGGAUCCUUGCAGCCAUCCGAGCAAAGAAAACCAACAUUCAGCUUGAACAAAGGAAAGACUUUUUGACCACACCCCUGCUGUUCGAUCUUCAUAUGGAAUCUGAGGGCACCGCUGCUCCAUCUGUGCUUAAGACCGGAACAGAGAUCAGAGAAGAUAAGUCAUGUGGCCCUAAGAAGUCAAAAACGCACGUAUCUUUCAAACGUACGCCUGAACACAGAAGUGACUUUAAAGAGUCAGAUUCAUCUGCUCUUGCCACAGCUGCAAACUAUGAAGAAAGACCAAAAGAAGAGAAUCUAAAACCGAGUCCUAGAUCUCUUCAUUUUCUUAAGGAUAAAACUGAGGCAGAAUAUGCAAAGCCCUUGUGUGUUCUACAGUCUGAGCCGAGGAAUCAGUGUAAAAGAUCAUCAGAGUCUUCAAUCCUGUAUCCCACACCCGCCAACCAAUCCGAUGCUAGUAAGAAGGAGAAAGUCUCUACUCCAUUUACAGAUAAAAAUGGAAACAGAGCUAAGAAGUCCAUGUAUUCUACAGACCACUCAGCAGAUUCUAUUAAAGAAGGGAGAACGGAUCAUGAUUUUACGGCAAAAGAAAACGAGUCAGUCAGAGAUAACCAAGCAACGUCACCUCGCCCAGCAAAGCAGAACAUCUUACUCCCCUUGCACGUUGAGGACGUAUUGAAAAAUCCCAUCAUCAAGACAAUUGACCUUGGUCCAACAGAGACCGUGCUUUAUUCCAUGGACACUGAGACAGUGCCAACUAUAAAGGACACACCAGGAACCGAACCCAUUCCACCUUCAAGUCUGGACUUUGUGCCCUUCAAAGCUGAGGAAAGUCACACAAAUCCAAUAAUUUUCCAUGACACAGCAUAUAUAGUGAGGUUCCUGACAAAAAGGUUCACUCCCUAUGCUAUGACAUACACAAAAAAGAAUGUUGUUCUAGAAAAAAACUGUGAAAUGUUUAAAGCUUUGCUUAAUGAUAAACCCAGUGCUGUGUCUAAGCCUCAAAGAACUAAGCCUGCAACACAUUACAAAAGUCUGCAGUUCUUCUCUACCGAACGGGUGCAAAAGAGUAUAAAGGAGAAACGAAAGAAGAAACAUGACAGUCUGAUUUCCAAAAAGAGAUCCCCGGACACACUUUAUAAUUUAUCCCGAACCUUCUCGGGCUUAACCAAAAAAAUCGUGGGUUACUUUGAUAAGGAUGUUAUUGAAGAAAAGAGCGCUAAGGCAGGUGGAUCUCAAAGACAGUUUUCCAAGGCAGGUGGAUCUCAAAGACAGUUUUCCAAAGUAAAACCACCACACACACGCAAAUUCACCACCUUACCUAUCAAGUAUGACUCAAAGCCUCUGAAGAAUAUACUUGAAAUCCAUAAACUAAACAACAUAACCCCACUAGACAACCUGAUAAGCUGGGAAGUCAACGGCUCAUGAGGAACCGUUUAUGCUGCACUAUUAAAAAAACAAGAACCGAGUUCCAAGAUCACAGAAGAAAUUCUUAGCUGAUUAUUAGUGUUCUGAUGGAUGAAGUACACAAAUCUGCAGUGGUCUGUUUAGGAUCAGUCAACAUCGUUAGCUAACAUAAGGAUGGAAUUAGAGAAUUAGCAACAAGAGAGACUCAUUUAUGACUUAGUUUUGGUUGUCAGCCUAGCUUUUAGUGGUUGAGCCAUUUCUUGCUCAUGGAUUAUCUCAAUUAUACUUAUCAGACAUCCCUGUUGGCUACAGGCCAUUCUCAUUCAGUACCAGCUACGGAGUGGAUUGGUGAAAAAGUUGCUGUAGGAAGUCAAAAGACUUCAACAAACAAAUGAUUGACUGUCAAGACAGAUGUAACGUUAAUUUGCUGAAUAUGGAAUCAAUAGUAGGUCAGCAUCUUAGAGACUCAUGGGGAAACAAUGCCACAUAAGGAAUGUAUGUGAUUAAAAAGAUUUCAUAAAACC